AUCAUUGAAAGUCUCAGCAAUAAUGUCGUCUCUUCAACUAAAGUUGGUUUCUCUCCUAGUUCAAGAGCAUUUCGGAGAUGUUGUGGAGAAAAUUUGCACACAUCUCCUUAAAAAUGGAUCGAAUAAUUUCCGGAGUGUAGUGUCUACCGUAAAGGAAAAGCCAGAACAGGUAAAAAAGGCGUUAUGUGUCUUAAUCCAGCAUAACAUUGUGAAAUAUGGCUUGAACAAGCGUGGUAUGGUGGAGUACACAGCUGACGUUGAGAAGGCUCUACUGCUCGUUCGUUACCCACGCUACAUCUACAGUGCCAAGACUCUCUAUGGUGACAUUGGAGAGCUGAUUGUAGAGGAGGUGUUGCAUCACGGGGAGAUACUCAUGAGCAAUGUCGUUGAAAAGGUCAAGGUCAGGUUGAAAGAAGCAAUGGAAGGAAAUCAGCUGGAACCCUCAGCAAUCAAAGAUAAGUUCAUUGACCUUGUCAAUACACACUUCUUGCAAAGGUUACCAUCAUGGAGUGCUGAAGAUGAUGAAGAGAGCAAAGUAAUUCCUCUUAUUCCUCACCUUUCUGUCUCCGAUGCUGACCUGUAUAGGAUACCAGAGACUGCAGGAGUAACAGGAAAAAGGAAGAGGCCUUUGAAUGAUGGUGGAAGAAGUAGCAAGAGAGCCAGGAGUUCUUCUGUGGGAUCAGAACCAGAUCAAGAGGUGCCUCUGGAUGAUGGAAUCUACUGGAAAGUGAAUUUUGAACGUUUUCAUCGUUAUUUCAGAGAUCAAGAUAUCAUCUCGGCUAUAACACAGAGAAUAGACAAGUCUGCUGGAGAUGUGGUUGCUACCAUGCUGAGAAUGAGUGAACUGACUACAGACUUCAUGGCGCGGGAAACUAAGCCUCUCUCGUUCCAUGAUAUUGCAAGACAGAUGCCUAAGAAACUGGAAAACAGGCAGCUAGAACAAUACAUGAAACUAUUGCUUGAUGACCAGACGAUGAUAGUAAAGAAGUAUGGAGAUGCAGGCGGUGGAAUGUAUGAGAUAGACUUGGAGCAGGCUUCUCGGGUCAUUUGUACAGCAAACAUAGAGUCUGUGGUCCAGGAGAGAUUCGGCUCCAAGAGCUUCCGCAUCUUCAAGACACUUCUCAAGAAGAAAUAUUUGGAGCAAAAGCAGAUUGAAAACUUUGCUUUAAUUCCUGCCAAAGAAGCCAAGGAGCUUGUGUAUCAGAUGUUUGCUGAGAAUUUUAUAACCGUUCAAGAGAUUCCUCGUACGCCUGAUCACGCCCCGUCAAGGACCUUCUACCUCUUCACCGUUGAGCUUGGUCAGGUGACCUUUAUGCUGGCAGAGAGGUGUUAUAAGUCCUUGAUCAACCUCAUGACAAGACGCCAUUUUGAAUCGGCUGAAAACAAACGAUUGAUUGAGAAGGAGCAGAAGGUGGAGGCCAUCACAGCCUCCAUGCAAGGAUCAGGAGCAGAACCUGCUCAGCUAGAAGAGAUCGAGAAGACGAUGACACAGCUAGAGAAAGAACAACUCCAGAAAUACAAAGGAAGGAUAGCUAAGUUAGAACAGAGUGAAUUGCAGACGGAUAAAACAGUCUUUGUCCUUAACUCUUUCAUACUUCAAGAAGCAGAAGGGAGAUUAUAACAGGACAUCUUAUAUGAACUUCUAUGAGUUCCUUCAUAUACCGAGAUGCAAGAGGAAGAUUAUAACAGGACAUCAUAUGCGAACUCCUAUGAAUUCCACCAUAUACCAAGAAGCAAUGGGAAGGUUAUAACAGGACAUCAUAUGUGAACUCCUAUGAAUCCCACCAUAUACCAAGAAGCAAUGGGAAGGUUAUAACAGGACAUCAUAUGUGAACUCCUAUGAAUUCCACCAUAUACCAAGAAGCAAUGGGAAGGUUAUAACAGGACAUCAUAUGUGAACUCCUAUGAAGUGAAUUCCUCGAUAUAUCAAGAUGCAAGAGGAAGAACAUAAGGGCACGUUCACAUAUGCUGUGGCAAACGGCCCCAGUUUAACCACAGCAAUUUUCGUGUAUGAAAUGAGUGAAAAGUGAGGAUGGAAAAAGCUGCCACACACAACAAAGGUCCUAUGCACACUAACUUAUUUGAGUGGAAUAAGAAAUUUGAAGUGCAAUACUUUUGAUGACACUUAUAAAACAGUGAUUUCCAAUUCUUUUUUCACAUUAAAAACAGAGAAGUGAUUUGGGAAUGAUUAUAAUAUUUUUGUUUUAGAUAUCCAGUAAGGUCUGACCCAGGGCUCAUUGCAUAAAACUUACCAUUGAUGGCAAACUGGCCAUCAAUUUUUUAACUACCAUGGCAACAUCACUCAACAGCCGCUCAAAUCAAGGCUCCCAUGGAAGUUACCAUCAUUAGUAAGUUUUAUGCAAUGGGGUCUUUAUUCAACAUUAUGCCCAUAUAAAAAAAUACACUAUAAUACUUUGGGAAAGAGUGAUGCAAGUAUCAUCUUGACAAAUGAGUGUUUUUUAGACAAACUGUAAAAGUGAAAGGUUUAAGAGGUUCCAAUCACCCUUUCCAAAAGAAAUGUUCAUACCGAAAUGUAUCUCCUAAAACCUUUACUAGACAUUGAGAUCUUAAAAGAUAAAAGAGUGUUAAUGCGAUAACACACUUUACCACCUCUGUGUGGGUGGGUUAUGAAAGAAAUUGUGAUAGGAUUAGAUUCAACAUUAUGUUAAACCUGAUCUACAGGUAGGUCUCUGAGAUGAACAUCAUAAUAAACGAUGUCAUUCACAAUGCAGUGAA